AUGCCCACGGCCGGGACGCAGGUCCCUUGCGGAGAAAUGCCGCCAUAAGACAUCACGAGACGUCGAGUGAAGAGGCUGUAACUUCGUGGAAGUCGAAGGGAUGAAGAUCUUGAGGUUGCUGAUGCUUGGGAGGGCUCAGCGCUGUGAACUCUCAACGCCAUCAACAACAUCACCACAACAAGAUGGCACCUCGACGCACGAAAUCUUCAGGCCCCCCGCCGCCUGCGAAUACACUCGUGCUUGAUAAUGGCGCGUAUACCAUCAAGGCAGGACUUGUUGGUGCAGACACGGAAACGCCAGCUCCCAACAUCAUCCCCAACUGCCUCGCCCGAGAUCGCGACAAGAAAGUCUACAUCGGAUCGCAGCUCUCCUCUUGCAAGGACUUCAGCGAGAUCCUCUUCCGGCGCCCUGUGGAGAAGGGCUACCUUGUGAAUUGGGAGGCGGAAAAGGAGAUCUGGGAACAUGAGUUCUUCGAUCCUAAGGCGAGUCUUCACUGCGAUCCUGCAGAAACAGGCUUGAUUCUCACCGAGGCCCCAAAUGCUCUGCCAGCGCUACAAACAAACUGCGAUCAGGUGGCAUUUGAGGAAUUUGGGUUCGCGAGGUAUCUGCGGGUUGCUGCGCCAACUCUGAACGCAUACACGGACAUUCAAUCUAUCUUCAAAUCACCACCGCGCGACCCGGCCUCCACUCCAACUCUCCCUGCCGAAAUCCUCAUGCUCAUCGACUCUGGUUACUCGCACACGUCGAUCGCACCUCUCCUUCUUGGACGUCCAAUCCAAUCUGCGAUCAGAAGACUUGAUGUCGGAGGCAAACUCCUUACAAACUACCUUACGCGAUUGCUCUCCCUGCGCCAGUACGACAUGCGAAAUGAUACAUACCUCGUAAAUGAGAUCAAAGAAGCAACAUGCUACGUUAGCAAAGACUUCAAGGCGGACAUGGAAAGGACUUGGAAGGGGCCGAAGGGGGAUCGCCGGCCGGUGUACGAGACUGCUGAUGGGAUUGCAAAGGAUUAUGUGCUUCCCGAUUACCACGGGCGAGCGAAGGGAUAUGUGAGGGACCACGAUCCGAAAGCUGCGACAAAGUUGAAGGAGAUGGUAAAGGGCAAAGCAAUGGGAGCCUCAGAGGAUGUCUUGACACUGAGGAAUGAACGAUUUACGGUUCCAGAACUAUUGUUCAGCCCCACAGACAUUGGACUUCGACAAUCAGGCAUUGCACAGCAGGUAAUGGAUAGUUUAUCAAGUCUGCCGAUGGGAUUAUGGCCUGGGUUCUUGGCAAAUAUCGUUGUGGUUGGGGGGAACUCGAAGAUCGAGGGCUUUGUGUUCAGAUUGCAGGCAGAGAUCAGAAGUUUGGCCCCUGCGGAAUGCAUUGUUCGUGUAGCAAGACCGGCAGAUCCAGUUGUCAACACCUGGCAAGGAGGGGCGAAUCUGGCAAAGGAUGAAGAGGCUUUGGGGAGAUUGAGUGUCACAAGACAGGAGUAUGAGGAGUAUGGUGCUGGAUGGGUGGCGAGGAAGUUUGGGGGAAGAUGAUAGGGCUUCCAGAAGGUUUUGUUCAGUGUACCAACAUAACUCGAACAGAAUGUCUGCCAAUCUUGAACAAGCUACUCCAUUCGAAAGGCGUUGCAGAAUGAGGACAUUUCUUGCCCUUCGCCCACCCGCUCCGAGGAGCGGUAAAGUGUUGAGUGGCCCCGGAUUAGAUACAGAUCCAGCCUUAAAUUAUACAUCCAUACCUAAAUACAUUUGGAGCCAGGCAGUUUGCUCAACAGUUUGAUUUCACACCAAGAUUCAUCGGAGUCCGUCAAUGUCAACGAGAAAAUUCGGCUUUCAG